CAAAGACUUGAGAAUUAACUUAAGAUGAAGAAAUUGAACCACACAAUUUUAAUACAAUAUUUAGAAAUAAAAGUGAAGAUUUUCUUUUGCCCUAAAAAGGGGAAAAACCGAUGGAAGCAUGGGAGAAGGGGAGAUCAGGCGCUGCAAUUUAUAGAGGAGGAUCGCCGACUAGCGAGCAGACCGGCGGCCGCCAGCCAGCCCGCCGGCGCGCCGCUGGAAUCCACUGGAACCUUCUCACCGCUGGUCGCCGUCGACAGGCGGGCAGACAGGCGGCCGCCUGUCAGCCCGCCAGCGCUCUCCUUCGCUGUCUGCUGAGCUUCUCGCCGCCUCCGCCUUCUGACUGGCGGCCAGGCAGGCUGCCGCCGGCCAGGUCGCCUGUUAGGCCGCCAAAAUCUGCCGAUGCUACCUUGCUCAAAAUUUUGUUCCAAACAUUUUUUCCUUCUGCACCGACUUCUAAUUCCGCACCGUUU